AACUCAUCAUCAUUCCCUCCACUUCUCUCUCUCUCUCUCUCUCUCUCAAAUCACAUAAUUCGGAAUUCUUUGUUUUUUUUUUCAGGACCCGUCGUUUUUUUGGGGUUUCUUGCUUUGAUUGAGCUUUUUGUUGACUUGUUAGAUUGGAUCUGUUUGUGUUCGUUUCAAGUGGGCCGAGGAAUUCAAACACCAGGAGAUUAAGAAGUUUUUUUUUCAGGUCGAGUUUGUGAAUCUACAACGUUGUACGAGUUGCAGGAACAAAUAUGGCUGUUUCAAUGAAAAACUUAGAUCCUGCUUUCCAGGGUGCAGGACAAAAGGCUGGUACUGAGAUAUGGCGAAUUGAAAAUUUUUGUCCCGUUCCAGUCCCAAAAUCUUCACAUGGAAAGUUUUGCACUGGAGAUUCCUAUGUGAUUUUAAAGACCACAGCCUUAAAAACCGGUGCUCUACACCACGAUAUUCAUUAUUGGCUCGGGAAAGACACCAGUCAGGAUGAAGCUGGUACUGCAGCGCUCAAAACUAUUGAGUUGGAUGCAGCGCUGGGUGGGCGUGCUGUUCAAUACCGAGAAGUGCAAGGUCACGAAACAGAGAAGUUCCUUUCUCAUUUCAAGCCAUGUAUAAUACCCGUAGAAGGUGGAGUUGCCUCAGGUUUCAAGCACGCUGAAGCUGAGGAGCACCAGACUCGUUUGUUUGUAUGUAAAGGGAAGCAUGUUGUUCAUGUGAAAGAGGUGCCUUUUGCUCGAUCCUCACUCAAUCAUGAAGAUAUUUUCAUUCUUGAUACAAAGUCCAAAAUCUAUCAAUUUAAUGGCUCCAACUCUUGCAUUCAAGAGAGGGCUAAAGCUCUGGAAGUUGUUCAGUACAUUAAAGAUACUUAUCAUGAUGGAAAAUGUGAAAUCGCAGCUAUUGACGACGGGAAAAUGAUGGCUGAUGCUGAUACAGGAGAAUUUUGGGGGUUCUUUGGUGGCUUUGCUCCACUUCCAAAGAAAUCUGCUUCUGAUGAACUCAAGAGAAAGGAUGCAGCUCCACCUAAGCUUUUCCGGGUUGAUAAAGGAGAGAGAACAAUUAUCGAGGCUGAUACCUGGACGAGGGAUUUACUGGACACAUACUAUUGCUAUAUCCUUGACUGUGGUAGCGAAGUCUUUGUUUGGAUGGGGAGAAAUACUUCUCUUGAUCAAAGGAAAGCUGCAAGUAGUGCUGUUGAUGAAUUACUGAAUAGCGAAGAUAGACCAAGAACUCACGUGAUUCGUGUGAUUGAGGGGUUUGAGACAGUGGCAUUUCGCUCUAAGUUUAACUCAUGGCCCCAGUCGAACAACAACGUGGCUGUAACUGAAGAUGGUAGAGGGAAAGUUGCAGCACUCCUGAAGAGGCAAGGGCUUAACGUGAAGGGUCUUCUCAAGGCAGAAACACCCAAGGAGGAACCUCAACCUCAUAUAGACUGCACUGGGAAUUUACAGGUUUGGCGUGUCGAAGGUCAAGAAAAGAUUCUUCUCUCAUCUUCUGAUCUAUCCAAGUUCUACAGUGGAGACUGCUAUAUUUUCCAAUAUUCUUAUGCCGGUGAUGAGAAAGAAGAACAACUAAUUGGCACGUGGAUCGGGAAGCUCAGUGUUGAGGAAGAUAGGAUAUCGGCAGUUUCUCAGGCAACCAAGAUGGUCGAGUCUCUCAAGUUCCUACCUACUCAGGCUCGCUUCUAUGAAGGAAGUGAACCGAUCCAGUUCUUUGCGAUAUUUCAGAUCUUCAUCGUCUUCAAGGGUGGUCUUAGUAGCUCCUACAAGAAUUACCUUGCCGAGAAGGAACUUCCUGAUGAUACAUAUAAUGAUGAAGCACUCGCAUUAUUUCGGGUUCAGGGAAGUGGACCUGAAAAUAUGCAAUCAAUUCAAGUCGAACCGGUCGCUUCGUCGUUGAAUUCCUCCUAUUGCUACAUACUGCUUAGCGGGCCCACUGUGUUUACAUGGUCGGGGAAUCUCACGACACCUGAAGCCCAAGAACUCGUCGAGAGGCAGCUUGAUCUUAUAAAACCAAAUGCACAGUCUAAACUGCUCAAGGAAGGUGCCGAGUACGAGCAGUUUUGGGACUUGUUAGGAGGAAAGUCUGAAUACCCAAGCCAGAAACUUACUAGAGAAGCCGAGAGCGAUCCUCAUCUAUUUUCAUGCACCUUGACAAAGGGAGAUCUCAAGGUGACGGAGGUGUAUAACUUCGACCAGGAUGAUCUAAUGACAGAAGAUAUAUUCAUUCUCGACUGCCACGCUGACGUUUACGUUUGGGUUGGGCAACAAGUGGACACUAAGAAUAAGUUGAAUGCUUUAAGUAUUGCGGAGAAAUUUCUGGAGCGCGAUUAUCUUCAUGAGAAAUUAUCACUUCAAGCACCGGUGUAUAUUGUUAUGGAAGGAGGUGAACCACCGUUUUUCACUCGUUUUUUCUCCUGGGACUCCUCAAAAUCUGCAAUGCACGGCAAUUCUUUCCAGAGAAAGUUUACUAUUCUUAAGAAUGGAGGCGCUCCAGUGUUGGAUAAACCCAAAAGGAGAACGCCUGUCUCAUAUGGAGGGAGGUCUGCUGCACCCGAGAAAUCACAGCGUCCAAGAAGCAUGUCAUCUAGCCCGGACAGAGCUCGUGUGCGAGGCAGAUCUCCGGCGUUCAAUGCUCUGGCUGCGACUUUUGAGAAUGCCAAUGCAAGAAAUAUGUCAACUCCUCCUCCACUGGUAAGAAAGGUUUAUCCCAAGUCUGUGACACCGGAUUCCGGAAAAAACGGCCCGAGAUCUUCGUCUAUAGCUGCCCUGAGUUCGAGUUUCGAAAAAGUGCCACCAGCUCGGCAAUUCGUCUUACCUCGUUCGAAUAAAGCGAGUCCCGAGGCACCCAAACCGAAACCCGAGCCACUAUCCAGGCAGAACUCCGUAGAUCCGAGCCACAAGACCAAGCCAGAGCCCAUACAGGAAGAUGCAAAGGAGAAUGAAGCUGAGGACGAGGAGGGACUCACUUUAUAUCCAUAUGAGCGUCUCAAGACGACAUCGACUGAUCCAGUCAGCGACAUUGAUGUGACAAAACGAGAGACGUAUCUGUCCUCGGGUGAGUUCAGGGAGAAGUUCGGGAUGUCUAAGGCCACCUUCUACAAGCUGCCUAAAUGGAAACAGAACAAGCUCAAGAUGUCGCUCCAUCUAUUCUGAACACAUUCCCCUGACGACUGACGUAGAUCAUCAGCAACGGUUGCAAAUUCGUAUGGUAUCAUUUUAUCUCUCCGUAUACUUGCCCGAUGCGGUCUUCAUUUCAGGCGUCGCUGCACACGGGAUGCAUUAUUUAUACAAAAGAAGCAAGUUCCCGAGUUUCUAGGGGGGCGACGCAACUGCGAUUCUUCCAUACUUGAGAUGAGUAUUGGACUUUAUUUUUUCGUGUUUGUGAAUUAUUAGCUUUGAUAUUCUUUCUGGUCUCAGGUUUGUUGUGAGCUUGCAAUUUCAUUUUAUUUUUCUUUCUAUUUUUGGGGGUUUCUUAUUCUUGAUUUUGUGUUUUCAUUGUUUUCGGCUAUCUAUUUUUAGGAGAGUGGUUAGAAACAUUGCAAAUGCAGAAAUUUUACAUUUUAGGAUGCGUAGUGAGCAAUUUACUUCAAGUGUAUACAGUUUUUAUGUAAACCAUUUCACUUUUACUAUUUGACUACCCAAUAAAAAUGUGUGUUUUUUUCGUCA